CCAUCAUGUCGGCCAUCAACAGACCUCACAUUCCUUCCCUCCGUCUCUUCCGUGAAGCUCUGAGAGUUAUACGGCUGCAAAGAGGCUUUGGCAUACCCACCUCCACAGUAGGCAGAGUACUGGCGAGAAACGAUCCACACCGGCGAAAACUAGCGUCGAACCUUCGACAACUGUAUGAGCUCUACCGGGAAGAAUCUGAUCCAAAAAAGGUGGAACAUUUAAUAGAGAUGGGUAGACAUGAUUUGGAGGUUUUGAGGGCUCUGGCAAAGGCGGAUGAACUAGGGCUGGGACGUCGGACAGGGGAAACUGUUGGUGAUAACGCCAAUACGACGUAAGAAAGACCGAAUGACAUAUUAAGAACUGGCAGAUGCUUCCAGGACAGGAAUGCAUAUGUAUUGCCAUCAAAAGGUUCGAAAGUACAGUCGAAGAGACGGUAAGACAAUACGAGAGGGGAGUGGGUGAUUUGGAUGGUGUCCGCUUCACAGCCACUACCAUACCCUUUUCACACCUCGCUUUGCCGAUCGUGCCGCUCUUCGCCCUUCAACUCCGGAUUCCUUUGUUUCGCAAACCGAUACGUAGACCCUGCGUGCUGUAAGCAGCUCAGACACAGGCGGUUUGAAGGGAUCUCGAUGUCGCAUAACUGAGCCACGAUCGUAAUGGCAUUUGGUGCGUAUUUUCAGGAGGGGCUUUUGGGAUGAGCAGAGCUGUACGAAAUCUGACAGAUAGUGUAAAAGACAGUAUCCAGCUGCCUCCAAUCCAAAUCAUUUCUCCGCGGUGUCCUAUGGACAGGCCCUUGAUGUAGAUCCAGCUUCUUGCUCUGUUAGUGUAGAGGCCAACUCGUGCUUUACAAAAUUACAAAAUUGCUGCUUGCUACCUCAAGGUCUUUACAAACAUGUUUGUACAAAAAAAAGAGGUGGUCAAAAAAUUAC